GUAGAUUAAAGGGCUGAGAGGGCAGAGAGCAAGAACUCACAUUCUAAUAUAAAGGAGAGAAGGAUCUCUGUAUAGAAGCACUGGAGCUGCUGGGUAUAGAGGGGCACUAACUGGAGCUGCUGGGUAUAGAGGGGCACUAACUGGAGCUGCUGGGUAUAGAGGGGCACUAAUUGGGGGUUCUGGGCACAAAGGGGCAAUAAUUGGGGGUUCUGGGUACAGAGGGGCAGUAACUGGGGGUGCUGGGGUCACAGGGGCACAGACUGGCAAUGGAUCUUUGGCUGCUGUUCCUCAUACAUUUGGGGUCCUGUCUGGUGGGACUGGGGACAGGCAGUAACAAUGAGGAGGAAGAGGAGGAGGAGAAGCACGAGGACACUCACCCCCCAGGUCACAAGUCUCAUCACUGGAAUUAUCAAGAUAUUCACCAGUGGGAUUCCGAUUAUCCGCACUGCGGGGGCCCAGAACAGUCCCCAAUUAAUGUUGUCACUGGUGCCGCCACAUUUGACUCCAGUCUGGGGCCGAUUCUCCUUUCUGGGUACAAUGUGCCCCCCGAGCAGACGUUAACCCUGGAGAACAAUGGGCACACAGUUGUCCUGGAUCUUCCCGACAGUCUCCUGAUUAUUGGGGGGCUCUCCCAGACAUACAGGGCGGCUCAGUUACAUUUCCACUGGGGGUCCCAGAGUGACCCUGGAUCUGAACAUACAGUCAAUGGGCAGAGAUUCCCUGGAGAGAUGCACGUGGUUCAUUAUUGUGCCGAGUACAACAGCGUUUCUGAGGCAGCGACCCACCCGGGGGGACUUGCGGUCUUGGCCGUUUUCAUACAGGAAGGGGAGGAGGAGAAUCCCACCUUUCAGCAGCUGCUUCCCUUCCUGCAGAACAUAACGGAGGAGGGUGAAAGAACAGAAAUCCCAGGAUUUGAUAUACGAGGCUUAUUACCCCAGAGGCUGGACAGAUAUUAUCGCUACAAUGGCUCCCUCACUACCCCCCCAUGCUAUCAAACUGUCAACUGGACUCUCUUCAACCAGACCGUCUUCUUGUCCCAAGAGCAGAUGGAGCUACUGGAGGACACUGUCCAUGCCGAUCAUGAUCACAUUCUGCAGAACAACUUCCGAGCUCCUCAAAGUCUAAAUGGCCGAAAAGUUCUAAGCAGCUUCAGUUCAAAAGUGGGAGGCCGGAGGCUUCCUGGGGCAGCUCCCAACCCUGCCGCUGCCUCUCCAGCUCCAGAUGAUUCUGCCCAAAAUCACUCAAGUCAAGGUACUGGGGAAAGUGUGGAUCACUCUAUGAGUACAGGUGACAUGCUGGCCAUUAUAUUUGGAGUUCUCUUCUGUGUGACUGCCAUAGCUUUCUUUGUGUAUGUGAGGCGCACCCGGAGCAGAAGCAAAAGGUUGGGAAGUGAGAACAAAGCCAAUGUGAUCUAUAAAGCGGCCACAGCAGAGGACAAUCUGGCAUAGGGGGGAGUGUGAUUGUUGGGGGGUGCAUGGCUGGUGAAUCAGAUUGGGGGUGAAAGGGCAGACGUUUCAUUGGCUGGAGAGGGACAAUGUUCUGUUUUACAAGGAACUGCCUUUCCUGGGCAUUAAAUGGGACCUUUAACCCUACGGAAUGAAUCUAAAUCCCAUUAUAUCAUUUUACUCCCCCAAAAUGACACUUAUAUAUAUUUAUUAUAUAUCCCGUUUUCAUGAUUCUUUUGAAGCUACAAUUAGAGCAUAUGGGAAGGUGCUAAUUUGUAUAAACUGACAUUAGAGCAGGUUUUGCAUCAACCCGAAAUCUAAUUGUGCCCCACACAGGUGACAUUUCUCUUGUAUACGAGUCCCUACCUGAGCGCAGAAGCAACUCUGUAUAUUGAGAGAUAUAAUAGAAGUUCAGCCCAUGGCAACUCAACUAUAAUUAUUAUGUGUCCAAAUAAUUGGUUUCUGCUAUUUCUCCCCAGUGAUACAGUGAAAUGAAGGGUCACCUGUAAUUUAUAUCUAUAUAUAUAUAUGUGCACUGCCCACUUUUUGGGACAUUAAAUAUACAAUUGAA